GGCGCCAGGAGCAGCAGCCGGGAGCCUCAGGCGGACCAGCGCUCUAUGGCCAUAGGGAGCCGCUGAGAGGAGAACACGCGCCCGCACCCCGCUGCACCGCACCCUGCGCCUCUCGGCUCCCCCGGCCCGUGCCCCCCAACCCCACCCCACUGCCACCAUGAACCACUCCCCACUCAAGACCGCGCUGGCGUACGAAUGCUUCCAGGACCAGGACAACUCCACGCUGGCUUUGCCCUCCGACCAAAAGAUGAAGACCGGCACGUCGGGCAGGCAGCGUGUGCAGGAGCAGGUGAUGAUGACCGUCAAAAGGCAGAAGUCCAAGUCUUCGCAGUCGUCCACCCUGAGCCACUCCAACCGAGGUUCCAUGUAUGAUGGGCUGGCCGACAAUUACAACAACUACGGGACCACGAGCAGAAGCAGCUACUUCUCCAAGUUCCAGGCAGGGAAUGGCUCCUGGGGCUAUCCGAUCUACAAUGGGACCCUCAAGCGGGAGCCGGACAACAGACGCUUCAGCUCCUACAGCCAGAUGGAGAACUGGAGCCGGCACUACCCGCGGGGCAGCUGUGCCACCACCGGCGCGGGCAGCGACAUCUGCUUCAUGCAGAAAAUCAAGGCGAGCCGCAGCGAGCCUGACCUCUACUGUGACCCGAGGGGCACGCUGCGCAAGGGCACGCUGAGCAGCAGCAAGGGCCACAAGACCACCCAGAACCGCUACAGCUUUUACAGCACUUGCAGCGGUCAGAAGGCCGUCAAGAAGUGCCCCGUGCGACCGCCCUCCUGCAUCUCCAAGCAGGACCCGGUGUAUGUGCCCCCCAUCUCCUGCAACAAGGACCUGUCCUUUGGCCACUCGAGGGCCAGUUCCAAGAUCUGCAGUGAGGACAUUGAGUGCAGUGGGCUGACCAUCCCCAAGGCUGUACAGUACCUAAGCUCCCAGGAUGAGAAGUACCAGGCCAUCGGGGCCUAUUACAUCCAGCACACCUGCUUCCAGGACGAGUCUGCCAAGCAACAGGUCUAUCAGCUGGGGGGCAUCUGCAAGCUGGUGGACCUCCUCCGCAGCCCCAAUCAGAAUGUCCAGCAGGCUGCUGCUGGCGCCCUGCGCAACCUGGUGUUCAGGAGCACCACCAAUAAGCUGGAGACCAGGAGGCAGAAUGGGAUCCGUGAGGCCGUCAGCCUCCUGCGGAGAAGCGGAAGCACAGAGAUCCAGAAACAGUUGACCGGGCUGCUCUGGAACCUGUCUUCCACUGACGAGCUGAAGGAGGAGCUGGUGGCCGAUGCUCUACCUGUUCUGACUGACCGGGUCAUCAUUCCUUUCUCUGGCUGGUGUGACGGCAACAGCAACAUGUCCCGGGAGAUGGUGGACCCUGAGGUCUUCUUCAACGCCACGGGCUGCUUGAGGAACCUGAGCUCAGCUGAUGCUGGCCGCCAGACUAUGCGGAACUACUCAGGGCUCAUUGACUCCCUCAUGGCCUAUGUCCAGAACUGUGUGGCUGCCAGCCGCUGUGAUGACAAGUCCGUGGAGAACUGCAUGUGUAUCCUGCAUAACCUCUCCUACCGUCUGGAUGCCGAGGUGCCCACCCGCUACCGCCAGCUGGAGUACAAUGCCCGCAACACCUACACUGAGAAGUCCUCUACAGGCUGCUUCAGCAACAGGGGUGACAAGAUGAUGAACAAUAACUAUGACUGCCCCCUUCCUGAGGAGGAGACCAACCCCAAGGGCAGCAGCUGGCUGUACCACUCUGAUGCCAUCCGCACCUACCUGAACCUCAUGGGCAAGAGCAAGAAAGAUGCUACCCUAGAGGCCUGUGCCGGGGCCCUGCAGAACCUGACAGCCAGCAAGGGGCUGAUGUCCAGUGGUAUGAGCCAGUUGAUUGGGCUUAAGGAAAAGGGAUUGCCCCAAAUCGCCCGCCUCCUGCAAUCCGGCAAUUCAGAUGUGGUGCGGUCCGGGGCCUCUCUGCUGAGCAACAUGUCCCGCCACCCUGUGCUGCACAGAAUGAUGGGAAACCAGGUGUUCCCAGAGGUAACCAGACUCCUCACCAGCCACACCGGCAACACCAGCAACUCUGAAGAUAUCUUGUCCUCGGCCUGCUACACUGUGAGGAACCUGAUGACCUCUCAGCCUCAGAUGGCCAAGCAGUACUUCUCCAACAGCAUGCUCAACAAUGUCUUCAACCUGUGCCGCAACAGCGCCUCACCUAAGGCUGCAGAGGCUGCCCGGCUGCUCCUGUCUGACAUGUGGGCCAGCAGGGAGCUGCAAGGCAUCCUCAGGCAGCAAGGUUUCGAUAGGAACAUGCUGGGAACCAUAGCCGGUGCCCACAGCCUCAGAAACUUCACCUCCCGGUUCUAAGAAGAGGCUGUCCAAGCAAGUUCAGCUUGCAGAAAGACAUGACCCAGCUCAGAAGACCUCAGGCCUUGAAGAUGGGUUACCUGAUUCAUCCUGUGCAGUAUUUGGAGACGUUCAGACGCAACCAAGAGCAACCUGAAAACUGUGGAUGAUGGAAAUAAUUUUUGAUUCUUUUUUUUUUUCCUUAGGGGAUCUGGGAGGCAAGAGGGUUUGGGAGGUUGGGUGGGGGAACUUUCUUGAGUUAAAGGGGCUUACAUCUGAUGUCAAUACUUUCUUCUCUGAGAAACAGUAUAUAUAUAUAUAAAAUGUGUAUAAUGUAAGUAUGUGCGUGCAUGUGUGCGCGCGUGCAUGCGUGUGUGUGUGAGUGAGUGUGUGUGUGUGUGUGUGUGUGUGUGUGUGUGUGUGUGUGUGUGAAUGCCUAACAACAUAACCAACAACUGCAACAGGCUAGGUACGCUGAUUCUUUGCAGUUCACAGACAGCACAGAGGACUCUCCAUGUCUCCCUUAAAGACAAGAGCCACAUGCGUUUUGGGUUAACUGAAAGUAUCGUGUGUCCAGACAGGGGCUCUUGCCAGUCAAGCCACAGAGUUCAGCAGCCUUUCUCUGCCUCUUCCCAGAUGGCAUGAGAAGGGGCAGUAGCCAGGGCUGAGGCUAAUGUUCCCUCUUAAGAGGCAGAUGGGAACUCCAGAAGACGCAGGAUGGUGUCACUUGCUUAGCUAGGGAACAGGAGCCGAGAGAGAGGCUCAUCAUUCUUUGGGGUUCUGCAGCCAAAUGCAGCCUUUAGCCAGCAGAGCCCCAGAUUUCAGAGAGCCUGCAAGCAUCUAUUUCAGGAGAAAGAAAGCAAGAGUAGUGCCUGAGCUAGGGAACAGGUAGUUGUUCCCAUCCCCCCUCCCGGGGGGAUUAGGGAGGGAACAGUUGGGGACCAGGUAGCUGCCUGUUCAGGCUUCUCACAGAACAAGGGAGGAGAACUGGAAAUUAUCUGUGAUGUGCCUCAGACCCAGCCUGCUUAGUGUCGGUUGAGAGAGUGCUUGGGGGUCCCAGAGGCUGAAGGGGGGGAAUUUGGGUGGAUGGACCAGGAACAGAAAGUGUCCUGUUGGGCAUCAGCCAGCCCACAUCCUAGCCCUCAGCCAUCCCUCUUUCUCCCGGAACCCUAAUUGUCCUGUCUGUAUUCUGUCCCUGUGAAUCCAAGAGGCCUAUCGGGGUGGAGGCAGCCAACCCCCUAAACUUUGCACUGCAGACAGUAGUAGCCAAAGAGCACCUGAGAGAACCCCAAGAGUGGACCUGUCUGUGUCAAGGUCCCUAGAACAGAGUGGGAUGGGGCAGAGCUGAGCCUCCCCAGGACCUCUCAUGUCUAGGCUCGCACCUCUCAGCUAGUGUGGUUAGAUAAGAGUGAUCAGGGCCACACCUCCCUCAAGGAGGAUGUAGGGUGCUUCCUGGCCCACCCCUCUUCUUACUCCAGCAGUAAGACUGUAAAAAAUCUCUUGUGGCUCAGGGUAGCUUGGUAAAAGAUCUGUCCCCUGAGGAUGGAGGUCAGAUAGACGGGACAUCGUCCCUGAGAGGAGUCCUCAACUACCUAAGCCAGCGUGCUCUGGCACUCUGAGUCUGCAACACGCUUCCCAGUUUGGCUCAUGUUAGACUCUGCCCCCUGCCUUCUCCAGUAUCAUUGUGGGAUGCUGCCCCAUCACACUGUCCUUGAAUAGGUUUUUUUUGGGAUCUCCCUUGCCAGUCAUUGGGACCCCAAACAAUCCAUUUCUUAAAACAUGCCAUUGGCACACUACUCUGUGCCAGGCAGCAUUCUACGGAGGCACUUAAGGUACAUCAGUAAAUGGAACCUCCCACGCCCCUGUCCCAUAGAGUGUGUGUCCUCCCAGGGAGAAAGGGUACCCAAGUCCUGGGCUUUAGGAACCGAGCCCUUCUUAAGUAAGUUGGAGAGAAAUAUAUAGAACACCCAAGUCAACCAGUGGAACUGUUACAGACCCCGAGCAACGCCCUCCCUUCGGCACCGUGCUCACUUCCUGCAGCCCAGGGGCUUAGUCUUCCUUUCCCUAGGAAGAAGGUUAGGUAGGCCCACCUUUUGCUUUGGGGAUGAAAUGGGUGCCCAGACAUCCCGGAGCCAGGCCUGAUGAUGGUAAUUUCCUCCAUGAUUUCAGGCUGGCCAAGUGGGCUGGGCCCAGCUCAUGCCUGUCACUCAAGAAGGGUAAAAUUAACGGGGCUUAUGGAUACAUCCCUAGAAGCAGGGAAUAAGAGGCUGGCUGGACUUGAUGUAUCCCAGACCUGUCUUAGUGUUUUAAUUCGAAUUUGCUUCCUAUUUCCAUGCCUAAAACAAGUUACAAUUGAGGACCAAUAAGAAAGGCCUUCCCUGACUUUGGGAUUUCCUGUGAGAGAUCCAACUAUUGGCCACCAGCAGCCACCCAGAUCCCACACCUCUUCUAAGGACCCAAGAGGACAAGGAUGGCCUGUGCAUGUCCACUCAGCUCCCGGCUGGAGCUCUGGGCUUGUGGUCUCUGGGAAUCUCCCUCCAGCCUCACUCUCCUGGCUCUGUCUUGUGUGAGAACCUUGUGCCGGCCAGACCCUGUUUCCCUGUAUGAUACACCAUGUAUUUGCUUUGUUGAAAUAUAGGAAAUCAAUAAAUUGAUAGUGUUUCUUUGAA